GCCAUAAACCCGUGUAAUAGUAAUACAACCUGUGUAACGUGUUGUUGUUGUUCAGCUCAAAAUCCUGUCUCUCUCUCUCUCUUCUCUCCCUCUCUAAAGCAGCCGCGGCGGCCAUGGAAGCAGCAGCUGCUAAGGAAGAGAACCAGCAAGUCCUCAAAGUCCUCGAAGCUCUGAAACAAGCUUCUCACGAUUUACACUCCAACCCUAUUCCCAAAUCCUCCGAUUCUUCCAACUCCUCCGCCAUUAAAGCUCUCCUUGAGCUCCAGACCGAGUCCAACUCAAUCCUCUCCACCGACCCUUGCCUCUCCACCCUCUCUCAUCACCUCACUUCCCUCAAAUCCAUCGUCGAAUCCCUCGACAAAUCCCGAUCCCGACACGGCCUCCGAUCCUUCCUCACUCGCCGAGUCACCACUCACGAGAUUUCCCGAGUCGCCGUCUCUAUCGAGUCCGAAAUCCAAGCCUGGAUCGACCGCGAGAGCAUCGACAACCUCGUUCGAGCACUCAAUCAAUCAUCUUCCUCAACCGACGAUCAAUCCCUAAUUCAAAUGUUGAUCAAUUUCGAAAACAGGGUUUCCCAAGGCUUCAAUCGCGAGCUUCAGGAUUUGAUUCUCAAAUCCAAAAUCUUUUCAAUUCUCGAAUCGGUGCUCUGUGACGCGAAUUACUCGAAAGAGAUCCGAGAACACGUUGCUUUCGCUAUCGCUGAGUUGAUUAGGUUUAACAAAGACGUGUUCGUAGGGCAAGUGUUGAUGGGUCAGACGAUUCAAGCAUUAAUUUCAAUGUCAUCUCCUUCGUCUCUGAAAGUACUCUGUUCUCUUAUCAAAUCCAUCAAAAGCCCUUUGGUGGACGAGAUUGAAUCCAACGGAGAGAUUAUUAACAUCAUCAAUCUCCUGAAAUCAGAGGACUUGUCAAUACCAGUAAUGGCGAUGAACUGUGUGCUUGAAAUUGGGUAUUUCGGGAGGAAAGAAGCGAUUGAUGCGAUGAUGAAAGCGGAAUUGAUAAAGAUAUUGGUGGAGUUGCAGAGAUCGGAGAUGGGUGGGGAUUUGAUAGAGGUGGGGAAGUGGGAGGAGGAGGGGGUUGAAGCGGCGGAGGUGGUGGUGGUGAGGAGGAGAGAGAGUAGAGAGAGAAGGUUCUUGGAGAAGCACCCAUUUGCGAGCUGUGUAGCGAGGUUUGCAGUGCAGGUGGAGGUAGGAGAAGGGUUGAGGCAGAGAGAGAAGAGAGCUUUCAAGCAAGAGAUAUUGAAUAGAGUGAGAGAAGCUUGUGUUUCUGAUGCUGAAUCUGCCACCAUUGUUGCUGAGGUUCUGUGGGGUUCUUCACCUUAAAAUUUCAAAGGACAUGUGACAUUCUCUUACUCAUUUGAAGUUUUUGAGAAGUUAUGAAGCAUGAAUUGGAGGUUAAAAGAAGUUAUGAAGUCAUUGAGGGAUAUGUGGCAUUGUGGGAAUGAAGAUGGAAGAGUGAGUAGUUUUAGGUGGUUAUUGGUAGUUAUUACUAGAAGUUUUUUUCUUACAAAUAUUUGCCUAUAAAUAGCCAUUCAUGGUUACAUUGUAAAGAUUCAGAAUUCAA